ACAAAGGCCUCGACGAAAGACUUGGUGUCCCUAUUGUAGAAAAGGAAACUAUGACGUUAGAAAUGGUUGAUGAAACCAUAAGAGACCAUAGUCUUUAUAACCCACAAGCCCUAGAAUAUUUUUUUAAAAUAUUAACAGAUGUUAGCCAGGAUAACAACCCUGAUGGCGAUGAUGAAAGAGAAGAUAAUAUUUCUCGACAACCAAGACCUACCGUAACUGAAGUAUUUGACGCCUACUAUGACGAAUCUGCAGAAGAACCUCUUGAAAGUAUUGCCUUCGGCUCUAAGGAAGAAGAACGAGAAACCGAAUUGGAAGUUCUUCUUCAAAAGCUCAUCGCCGAAUGUGAAGCUGCAACAAAGAAAGAAGCUGAAGAAAAAAAUAACAACAUACCCGAUGAUCGCAUUAAGGUUGCUAGAAUAGAAGGUGCCGAAGAAACAUACCCAGUUGGACCUUACUGCGAAGAAGUUGGAGUUAAGGAGGUUAAAGAAAAGAAAGAAAUCGAAGUCGAAAAGGAAGAGGCUGGAGUUGAAAAGGACGAAGAAAAAGAAGUUGAAGUUAAAAGAGAAGAAAAAGAAGAAACUAAAGAAGAAAAAAGAGAAAAGUAUGAGGAAAACGUGCCCGCGAGAAUCGGAAAAAUCGUAGGUGAAACCGAAGAUAAAGACGAUGACAACGAAGCUGACAAAGAUGAAAAAGAUAACGAUGAUGACGAUGAGACGAUUGUAGACGAAGAAGACGAUGAAAAGAAAGAAGAUGUAAAAGAACUUACCAAAAAAAACGGCGAUUCGAAAGAACAAUUCGAUCCUGGUAGGUUUGACCAAAGCGGAAUAAUAGUGGAAAAGGAUUUGGAAAAAGCUAAUGAAAAGUGGAAGAAAAAAGUUAGAGUAUUUUUAGACGAGAAUGAGGGUGAUUUCGAUGAAAAUAAGAGGGAAGAAUUCAUAUCACCUCGAGUCCUGACGUUCGACGCUGCCCCUAGUCAAGUCGUAGAAGCAACUUCAGCUCAAAAAAGGCUACUCUGUGAACUGAUUACGCCUCACUAUUACAUUACUGCUCUUAGAGUUUACGAUAUCUUUGUUGUUGUUGGCAUGGCUCAAAUCUAUCAAACAGCAAUAGUCACCUAUUAUGAUAUUCAAGACUUAAGAGUUGCAGAA